UUGUCAUCUGGAAUUUGUCAUAUUUGCUUUGAAAAUAGGCACAAAACCACAGAACUGUUCCGUCUGGGUCCAACGACAGCGUUUGUUCUCGGCUUUACACCACCAUUAGUUGGUGCCAUAGCUGCAAUCACUAUUGCUUUGAUACUACACAAUGCUCAGAUUAGUAAUUACAAUUGGUCUUGCGGACGCGCUUAUUUGCCAUCUGUAUCUCGGAUUAUCAAUCUACCGUUGGAAAGAACAUUUUGGCAAACACUUAUUCUUUUUCAUGUUCCUCUUCGAAUUUUGGAACUUAUUACAGGAUUUAUACGCUAUGAUCGAUUGAAGAACAUUCACUACAAGCACAACUGGUUUUAUGAACUUAGCCGAUACUGCUACUUUUUCAUUGGCUUGCUGGAAUUGAGCUCUCUUGCAGCACUGUCAAUUGUUGGAGAACGUGAAUAUCCAAUUCUUCACGUGAUAUUUUUCUAUAUAUUUGGAUUUAGUGGAAUCGGCUUCUUUAUUGCAAACCUUAUAUGUCACCGACAUUCCCUCUACUAUCUGAAUCCAUACGGGCGUUUAUCCUAUCGCCUGAAAAUGAUAUUUGGAAUUUCUUAUAUGCUCACAAUUCCAGCUCUCGUUACAGCAUUUCUGCUCUAUUGGCGAGCAUGUGUUACCGGAGCCUAUGAUGCGUUUGCAGUUUUUGAGUACAUCGAGGUGCUACUGAACAUCGCAUUUCAUGGUUGUACUAUUUUCGAUAUUCGUGACAAAGUUGUAUUUUCUGUACAUUUUCUUUCUAUUAAAAAAAGGUUACAAUUUAUUGGCAAAAAAAAAACUGUCACAAGAAAAUUGUAG